UCUUCCCUAACCUACCUAGGCAAAGUGUCCGAGCAUAUCGUGCUAGCGGUGUACAAUUUGAGGACUAGAGAGCUGAACUUAGGCAACUCCACAUGAAAGGGAUUCAGCUCAGGAGUAUAAAUCGGAGAUAGUUACCAAGAUAAGCUGUUUUCAAAGCUGGAAGCAGAAGUAACUCUCAAAACAACUAAACGAAAAUACAAUAUUAACUGCUCUGAGUACCCGGAAUCCUGCUACCUCUUUAACAACGGAUUCCAGCGAUAUUAUCCAUUAAUCAACCAAGAUGUCUGACGUCUAUACCGAUAAUAUGACCCGCAACGAUAGCGAGGUCCAAAGACUUGAUACACAAUUAGACUAUAUAAAUGACAAUAUUGGAUAUCUACUCCAUCCUGCCGUUGUCGCCAGCCUGCCGCCAAAACCACAAAUUGCAGAUAUAGGGACCGGAACCGGCAAGUUCCUAUUACUUCUCCGAGAACAAAAUCCCGAUGCCAUCCUCGAUGGUUACGACAUAUCCCCAAAGCUCUACCCUCAAGAGAGCACGCUCCCACCAAAUAUAUCUCUUAGUGUACUAGAUAUGAAACAGCCUGCUCCAAAGGAACUUCACGGCAAAUACGACGUGGUACAUGCCCGUCUGCUGGUAGCAGCAAUGCUACCGACCGACUGGGCCAUCGUCGUACGAAACCUCACCGAGCUCCUAAAGCCCGGCGGGUUCCUCCAGUGGGAAGAGUGCGAUUUCCUCGGAGUCAAGUACUUACGUGGCCUCGUAGACUCCAAAGUCGAAGCAAUCCGUUUCAUGGGCAACCUCUUCAGCGACGCGCUGCGGGAGCGAUCCGAACACGGAUGGUGCACGCUUCCUCGCGAGAUGCGGGAUGCAGGCCUAAACCCCGUCUUGACGGAUGUGACUGCGUCUGAUAGGCUUCCGGAGACGAGAAAGACGUUGACGACGAACGUCACGGGGCUGUUCUUCUCGUGGGCCCGUAUGAUGACUGAGCGGGGGGCACCUGGUGCGAUGACGAACGAUCGGCUGGACGAGAUGGAGAAGAAGACAAGCGAGGAUGUUGAGUCGGGUGGGUAUGUGAGGUAUGAGAUAUAUGUGGCUUGUGGUCGGAAGCCUUGGGAAUUAAGCGGCGCGCUUAGGGGGGUACACCUAUUGGGUUUAUAGGCAUUAAUAAAGCUCACAUUUGGUUAGACCGAGAUUUCAAUAGAUUAUAAGAUAUUAAAAUUUACUAGCAUGGGGAUCUCUUACAUUAUAUUAGACUUAAAGGCGGGAAUGUAAGCAUUAUACAAGUACAGCCCUCGCUCCAGGGGUAAAUUCGAUAUGAUUCUAAUUUAGAAUAGCUGUUAUAUUGACUGGAAUCAUAAUCCUAGUCUAUAUAUGCAGCAUACCUGGAGAAACAGCAUUUACCAACACGGAAUGGAGAAAAU